CACACAUAUGACUUAUACUAACGUGCACAUCACACACACACAUAUGACUUAUACUAACGUGCACGCACAUCACACACAGAUAAGAUUUCCAUGCACAUCACACACAUAUGACUUAUACUAACGGUAACAGUGGGCGGUACACUCAGCGCCUGCCACAAGGUGACCCUAGCUUUGGGUAUUGACUCCUAGUAGUCAACAAAUGAAUAGAAGAAUGGGUAAGAGAACCAAAGCGCCUAAUAGGCUGGGUCUAGGACAACACAAUCCAGUCUUGAAAAAGGUCUAGCACAGACCGAAACGCGUCGACUGAAUUCCUGCAGGUGACCAGCCAGAGGACACAGAGAGAGAGGCAUCAUGGUCACAUAUUCCUGUACACUGAAAUCCGAUUUUUGUCCCAAGAUAUGAGCAACUUCUGGAGCAAAUGUAUUACUGCCCCAUCCAACCAAUGACGCAGCCCCACAGAAAUGUAUAUUGUAGGGGCCAUAUUAGCGAGACUUUCUUUCUAUCACACAAAAUAAAGGGGAUUUGAAGCUCACCCCUUCCAUACAGAUUAUGUUUGGAUUUACAAAUGCAAGACUGUACCUUUAAUGAAUACAUAAUAGCCCAUAAUCACUGCAUAUACUACACCCUAUAGAAUCAUGACUUUGCACAUAGCUCAGGCUUUUUAUUAGUAAUAUGUUUUCGUUUUACACUGGAGGCAGGGGUACAGCGGGUACUGAUAUAGACGGGUAGAAGGUUAGACAGGGAUGGAAUCUGGGUCCGGCAGGGUGGGUCAGAAAGAGGGCAGACGAGCUAUCCUCAGGAGUGAUAUAGAGGAUUUUACUGUGGAUACUGGAAUUAUAGAUAUAAGGAAAGUGAAUUCCGUACAUGAUGAGGGGGAUGAAAGUACAGGGUGGCCCACAGAGACCAGGGUUUCUAAGCCAACUUUCUAUUCAAUAGGGGGCCUCGGGGGUACAGGGAAGAAAAGGAUGACUAAAACCAGAGGGUCAGAACAGGGUGAUGAUACCUCUCAGAUGCAGUCAGAAGGCCGAGAUACAAGGGCUGGGUCCAAGCAUUUUAAGAAACACCGGGGCCCUAAAUGUACCUAUGAGGAGAACGUGGUGCUGGUGAAGGGCGUCUUGGCCAACGCCCACAUACUGUUUGACACGGGGCUCCACAAACAUGGUAGUGCUUCAAAGAGAAAUGCCAUCUGGAAACAGAUACAGGACGAUGUGUAUAUGGUUAGCAAAACAAAGAGGACUAUGGACUGUAUCAAACACAGGUUUUAUGAUUGCAAAUCUGCCGUGAAAAAGAAGAUGGACUUAGAGGCCAAGAACAGGAGAGACUCCUCAGGUGGUCCGGUGACAGAUAUCGCCUACAACACUUGGGAAGAGAUGCUGCGGAAGUCCAUCACUGCGGUUGAUAUGUCCUACAUCCCACCAGGGCUGGACACUGAGGACAAAGGAGCAAGUGUACCUGCAAACCAGACCUCCGGGCAGCAGCCCCGUAUACAUUCUAACCAGACAACGUUCCCUGCUACACAAAGGGACCUGGGCAGAAUUACAAGGACAAUCUCUAGCCCACAAGUGGAAUCCGAGUGCUACAUUACAGAGGAAUCGCAGCAUGAUCUGGACAUCAUUAUAUGCCCUCAUCAACCUAGCGAGGCGGGCGAGGAGGAGGCAGAGAUGGCUGAAGCCGACUUCUCAUCUUUCCCAGCGUCCUCCUCAGGGCCCAGUGUGGCAGAGUGUUCUCCCCAGAGGUCGGACUUGCCAUUCUUUAUAGACAUUCAGGACUUACACAAAGACCACAACGAGUCCCAGGGCACCCACACACAAGUGGAUAAUGGACAGCAAAGGCAGAGGGGCAGCGCAAAUAGUAAAAAUGAGUCCCAGCUACAUGGAGCACAGGGGGCGCAAGGACCAAAGAAAUGCUCACCUGCAGAGUUUACUGAACAAUACUUGCAGAUCAUGCAGGCACAUAACAACGCUAUGUUAGAGGAGAGCAGACUGAGGACCAAAUACAGCCGCAAAGGCUUCAAGGCCAUUGAAAGGGCCAUUCUGCAAAACAGCAACAACAUAAGAAAGCUCAACCAAACCAUGUCAUCCGUUCUGCUGGAGGUGUGGCACCUGCGUGAGGACAUAGCUGAGCUUGACUCUGCCAUACAGUACAUGGCCUAUGAAUCUCCCAACUCCAGCCCUGACACCAGCCCAGAUGCCACCCCUCAGCGGCCCCAGUGCCAUCCACAUGAGGAAGAGGCCUCAGGCUCGCAGUACAACCCACGUGCCGAGACUCAUCAGAACUCUCACAGCAAGAUGCCCUGUGCCUGUUCCCAAAAACGAAAGAGGCCAUAGACAGAUCUGUUGUGCAGAAUUCAUCCACAUGCUUUUUUUAUUCCUCUUUAUAUAGGCCAUGAUUCUGUUAAUGCGCCAUAGUAGGUGUAGCCAUCUUAUUGCUGAUUUCUCACAACUAUCAAUUUUAUUUUAUCUCACCAAAGCUUUUCUGAAAUGUGUUUUUUAUGACAAUUUGAUAAACUUUAAUAACCAA